CAUGGUUAUGAAGGCUAUGACACCCCCAAAAUGUCUUUUAUGUGAACCUUUUAAGGCUUUAACUAACGAUCAAGCUAUUCAAUCUUCUUAAAUAAACAACUUUGGCGUGGAGGGAACUCCACCCCAUUUGUUUUUACACCUUUUCUUCAUCUCUUUCUCCCUCAAAUUCCAAACCAAUCUCCAUAACCAGCUAAGAAAUUUAUAUACACUAUUCAAGUAUCAGUGUAUUCAUUAUAUGGCUUCUACCACAAGUACAGAGCCUGUGAUCAAAUCAUCUUCAGCUCCAAUUCCUCUAAAUGGUUUGGAUUAUUCUAAGAUUGAUGUCAUACUAAGAUUUCUGUUGUUUGGUGCAUCAGUGUCUGCUGUUGCUUCCAUUGUCUCUAGUGAUCAAACUGAGUUAGUGCUAUUCCAAGGUGUGCCUGUGCCAAACCCUGCCAAGUUCAAAUACUCACCAGCCCUUAUAUAUUUUGUUUCUGCAUUCAGUGUUUCUGGAUUGUAUGGCCUCCUCACUACUAUUGUAUCAAUCUCUGUUAUCCAAAAGCCUCAAUACAAAUUGAAGUUCCUCCUCCACCUUCUCCUCUGUGAUGCACUUAUACUUGGGAUAGUAGCCUCAGCAACAGGAACAGCUGGAGGCAUUGCAUAUCUUGGUUUGAAGGGAAACAGCCACGUCGGUUGGAUCAAAGUUUGCAACGUGUAUGACAAGUUCUGUAGGCAUCUUGCCGGCUCCAUAGCCACGGCUUUGUUCGGCAGCAUUGUCGAUGUCUUGCUCAUAUGGCUUUCAGCUUACACCCUUCACACUCAUGUCCCCAAGUAGAUCAUUGAAGGGAAAUAUAGAUCGUUCACCAAUACAUAUGCACUCAACUCUCUUCCAGAGUCACAUUGUUAAGACAUUUAGCCAGUUGUGUUACUUUGUUUGUGAGUGUUGCUGCAGAGGUGCUUAUUCAGUUGUACUUUGCAUUCUAUUUGUCCCUUGAUUUUAUAUUUUGUGAUAAUAAAACUAAAACGAUUUGGUGUACCUAAAGAAAGAUUAGUUAUA